AUGUGGAAGGCGGCAGCGGCGCUGGUGCUGGCCGCGGUAGCGGCGGCGGGCGACGUGUCGUGGGGCACGUACCGGCCACAGGUGUACCUGGGCCUGCGGCCGACGCUCCCAGACUCGGUGCUCACCGGCCUUGCGUACUUUUCGACGCGUCACGCGACGGAGCUGCAGCGCAUGCGGCACUCGACCGAGGACGACGACGGUGUCCGAUUCUAUCGAUGGACGCACCACGACGGGCGCGCAUUCGGUAUACAAGAGAUUGUGGAUGACGGACUGAACUAUCGUUUGGAGACGUCGUUUGUCAAGACGGACUAUGACGACCACCCGGGCAGCUGGGCCGUGCGGGUGAACGGCACGGUGCUCGACACGACGCAGCCCGCCGAGCUCUCGGUGCUGUACUACGUAGGGCGCGAGUCGGGCGACGCCAAGCUCGGCGCGGUGCAGGGCGACGAUGGGCCGAUCAUCAAGGGCACGCACCCCGCGUUCGGAGCGUUUGCCAUGCACACCGCUGCACCCCACGGCGAGCGCACGGGCGACGGCGAGGCACACUACGAAGGCCUGCGUGUGCCGACCCACGAAGUGUGGCGCGCAAAAGAUCACCUCACGGGCGCGUUUACCGAGCGCUACCAGGCGCUUGCGUCGCGCGGCGAAAAGAUGGCGGAGCUGCCCGCGGCCGACAUCUUCCAGCUGGACGACCGCGCGCCGGCGGGCGCGACGCUCUAUGCGCUCCAGCGCACCUUUCGCGGCGACUUUGUGAUGGACAUCUUCUUCGAGUCGGACGCAACGCCCAAGGGCGCGCGCCUCGACUCGGACUCGCUCACGGUCGCGCUGCAGCACCGCCGCGAGGCGUAUGAAACCGCGUUCCAGCGCAAGUUUGGGCUGGAUGCGUUCGAAAAGGAGGACGUAGACAUUGCGCGCGAGCUCACUGCGCAGAUCGUCGGCGGCAUCGGCUACUUUUCCGGCUCGAGCCUCGUCGACCGCCGCGGAUUCGACGACAAUGGCCUCGUGCUGCACGAGCCGAGCAAGGCGGAGCCGACGCGCGAGCCGACGCGCGAGCUGCUCACCGCAACGCCGUCGCGCUCCUUCUUUCCCCGCGGCUUUUACUGGGACGAAGGCUUCCACCAGGCGCACAUUGGCGCAUGGGACCCCGAGCUGUGCAUGGACCUCUUUGCUUCCUGGACGUCGCUCAUUGACGACGACGGCUGGGUCGGCCGCGAGCAGAUUCUCGGCGCAGAAGCCCGCUCGCGUGUCCCGGAAGAGUUCCAGGUGCAGUUCCCCCAGUUUGCGAAUCCCCCUGCGCUGAUCAUGGGCCUCGAGGGCUACCUCGAUCGCCUGGACAAUGCGGCGGACGUCGGGGGGGUCGGCGGCCAGGCCGCGUACGCGCUCAACACGACGCACGACCUCGCGUCGCUGUACGAGCCAUGGCGCAGGCACUACCACUGGUUCCGCCGCACGCAGCGCGGCCAGAUCAAGCAAUGGGACCGCAGCGCGACGUCGCGCGAGGCGUAUCGCUGGCGCGGCCGCUCUGCGACGCAUGUCCUGACGAGCGGCCUCGACGACUACCCCCGUGCCGCGACGCCGCACGUCGGCGAGCUGCACCUCGACCUGCACGCGUGGAUGGGCGGCUUUGCGCGGGCAAUGCGCCGCUUUGCGCAGCACCUCGGCAUAGACGACGACGUCGAGGAGUACGAGCGCCACCUCGAGGAUAUCCAGGCGAAUCUCUACGACCUGCACUGGGACGAGGAGCGCCAGAUGUUCUGCGACGCGUCCGUCGACGAGGACGACAUGCCGUACCUCGAGUGCCACCAAGGCUACGUGAGCCUCUUUCCGCUGCUCAUGGAGCUCCUCGAGCCGGACGCGCCCGCGCUCGGCGCGACGCUCGACAUGCUCGGCGACGAGGCGCAGCUCUGGUCGCCGCACGGCAUCCGCAGCCUCAGCGCCGCGCAUCCCAUGUACGGCACCGGCGAGGACUACUGGCGCAGUGCGAUCUGGAUCCCGAUCAACUAUCUCGUGCUGCGUGCACUGCACGCCUACGCCGCCGUUCCCGGGCCGUACCAGACGCGAUCCGGCGAGCUGUACGCUGCGCUCCGCGGAAACUUGAUCCGCACCGUCCUAAACGAGUACAAGCGGACGGGGUAUACCUGGGAGCAGUACGACGCGGCGACCGGCGCCGGUCGCCGCAACCGCCCCUUUGCUGGAUGGACCUCGAUGGUGGUCCUCAUCAUGGCCGAGCAGUAUCCGUAG